CUACUCCCUAACUCGACUCGCUUAGCACUGUUUCAUCGUCGACUGCUCUACUCUUCACCAUGCUUGGAGCCAACACAAAUGUCAAUUGGGAUCAGCACGUCUUCAGCGAUGCUUUCAACCGCGACUGCGACGCGCAGUCCAAGCGUCUUUCCUCCAGCCCCGCUGGUUCCGAACCCUAUGAGCAUCUGAAGCUCUGGGAGAGCGACGAUACCCCCAGUUUGUCCUCGGUCAGCGUUCCCAAAAUCGAAGCGCAUCUCUACUUUCACGGCCUCCGCGGCAACAGAAAGCCUGGGCCAAAGCUGGUCUACCGGACGUCGACGGACGUCUUCUUGUCACCGUCCGGGCCGUCGCAAGACCUCCGUUUGAUGCAGCUCCUCACCGUCCACGAGCACGCCAAACUCGGCCAGAACAAGCUCUGGGCUACAGUCCGCGAUGAGGCGGUUGAACUCCUCGACGGUAAAGGCAUCAAGCACACCUCCGUCGACCUCGUCCGCUUCCGUUGGGAGGAGAAGACCGAGGAUGGUCGCGGCAAGACCGUUACCAGUUCCGUUACCAUCUGGAUCGGUGUCCUUUCCGACAGCACGAACGGCGACGCCGCUUUCGACUCUGCUCAGGACAUCAUCAGGCUCCUCAGGGGGCACGGCAUUUGCGAUGUCGAAGUUGCUUAUCGCGAGUCGGGGUCUCAUCCUCUCGUUGGUCCCGCCCUAUAUGCCCCGGUCAGCAAUGUCCACCCGCUCAAGAGCGUCGUCGAUUGGGUCACGACUGCUCUCAGCCUGCCCAUCGCUGGGUUGAAGACGCUCCACAUGCAGGGCACCUUGGGUUUCUACUUCAAGAUCGGCGAGGAUCUCUAUGGCGUCACUGCACGCCACGUGUUGUUCCCCGACAGCGAAGGCAACGACAACUACGUCUUCGAUACCUCCACUCCCAAGAAGAAAGUCGUCCUCAUGGGCAACAAAGCAUUCGACGACCUUCUCGCGUCCAUUCAGGCCCUUAUCGGCACGCUGAACAACACCGUCGUCGUCUUGGAGAAGAGCGUCACCAGGCACACGGCGAGGGCGCAGGGCGGCAACCCACAGGCGGCGGCGGAAUUGGCCAAGUUCCAACAGCGACUGGACGACACGAAGGCGACGAUCGUCGAGCUCAGGGGCUUCUUCGCGACGUUAAAGAAGGACUGGUCGGAUGUCGACAAUCGCGUCAUUGGACAGGUCGUCUGGUCCCCGCCCAUCACCGGCCUCAUCGCCCCUCACGGCUACACACGCGACGUCUGCGUAAUCAAGUUGGACAAGCAGAAGUUCUUGCCGAACUUUAGGGGCAACGUGGUCGACCUUGGCACAGAGAUCGAGUCCGGGAAAUUCAUGAAUCUCGUCUACCCUCGGUACGAUGUGCCCUCCAAGUUUGACUACCCCGAGGACCGCCUCUAUCUCCUCGAAGUCAUUCUCGACGCCGCCAAGAUCAAGGAGCCGAACAGCCAGGAUCUCAAGGGCGACCCUACGCGAUUCGUCUUCAAGCGCGGCCACACCACGUUCACUACCGUCGGUCGUCUGAACGGGUUCGAGUCCCAUGAGCGUCGCUACGGCCUCCUCGGCAGCUUCGACUCGGUCGAGGCGGCGGUGUACCCGUACGACAACAAUUCGGGUCCGUUCUCUCGGGGCGGCGACUCUGGCGCUGUCAUCGUCGGUGUCAACAACGACUUCGUCGCCCAGCUCACUGGCGGUGCUGGCGCGACCGACUCGUCCGACAUCACCUACGGUACCCCCAUGGAGUGGCUCUGGAACAACGUCAUCAAGCAGGAGUUCCCCAACGCCGUCCUCUUCUUCGAGGCUCCCGCCGGUUACUAGGCCCUUGCGAGACGCUCUCGCGCCUGGUUUUUCUUCUUCAACAACAACAACUUCUCGACGCUCUCCUCUCCCCCACGCUCAUUGUAUCCUGCGACUCAUUCUCGUUUCUUGGUCUCCAGUUUUUGUUUCGGUUGGGUUAUCGGCGCAGACAGGUGCUAAGUUGAUCUCAUAUUGAUCAGGGCAAAACAGUAAUAUGUACCUAGUGUAAGCAGCGCCGUAAGCCCCAAGUCUCUGUCUAUGAUGUAGGGGGGUGUAGGCGUUCCAGUGUUCCAUAGUCCCGUCUCCGGUCCUUCAGCGUCAAUUCAUCCAGCACCCAGCACCCAGCACCCAGCCUGAGCCAGCACUCGUAUUAACUCGGCCAACCAGACUCGUCUAAUCCGACACCGACCCGCCACCGCCAGCAGCACAGCUCACCCACGCCUCCCGCACACUCUCCAGCUCCCGCGUCCACUCCUUGUAGUCCGCCGCGAGCCGCGCGAACUCGUCCGGGUCCAGCAGACCCAUCCCGCUGCCCAUUCCAUUCCCAUUCCCAUUGCCGUUGCCGUUGCCGUUGCCGCUGCCGCUGCCCAAUACAUUUUCUGCGCCGACACCAAAGCCCCUAUUCCCCGCGCGGUCGGUGCCAGCGGAAUCCGAUGACUCGUCGUCGAACUCGCCGCUGUCGAGUGCGGCGCGCAGCGCGCGGUUCUGCCCGACCACCUGCGAGAACGUGUCGAUGUACGCGCCGUACGAGGCCUCGUACCGCGCGCGGAGGGCCACGGGGUCCGCGGGGAGCGGCUCGGUCGGCGGGCGCGGGCGCUGUGUUGAAGGCGAGGGAGAGUGGGUGUGCGAAUGCGAAUGCGCGGUCGGAGCGCCCGGGGCCGCGUUGGAGGCCGCGUUGGGGUGCGCGUGCGUUCGCUGUGCGGGCUUGCGCUCCCGGUCCCGGUCCCGGUCGCGCUCCUGCUCGCGCGCAGGCCGACUGGGAGCGGCGGUCGCGGGCUCGCGUUUCUUCGAGGCCGUGAGCCGGAUCUCGCCCUCGUCUUCCUCGCUGCUCGAUGUAUAUAUGGGCGAGCGCCGACGCGGUUUCGGCUUCUCCUUCUCCUUCUCCUUCUCCUUCUCCCUCUCCCUCUCCCUUUCUCGCUCUCGCCCGCGAUCCCGAUCUCGGUCCCGCUCGCCAUCCCGCUCGCGCGCAAGCGGAGUCGACGAAGCCGAUACCUUCCUCCCCGCAUCCCUCUCCCUCUCCCUUUCCUUCUCUCUAUCUCGCCUCUCGCGCUCACGCUCGCGAUCCCGCUCUCGCUCCUGCGUCGGAGUCGAAGUCGAAGUUGCCGACGACUGCGGCUGCUUCCUAAUUUUGGGCAGCUGCGCCGCCGGGAGCGUGUUCAUGUUCACGCCCAAGCUCUGCACAGGCUUGCUCGGCAGCGGAUGGUCCUUCCUCGCUGCUGCUGCCGCCGCCGCCGCCGCCGCCGCCGUAGCUGCCGUAGCUGCCGACCCUGACCCGUUCGUGGUAGUCGUCGUCGCCGACGUCUCGUUCGACCCAGAGCCCGAGCCCGAGCCAGAAACAGAGCGAGAGGCUGACCCUGAUCCCGACGCAGACGCAUCAUUGGACGCAGAAGACGCCGACACCGACGCGGAAAUACCAGGUGCCUCAGGCCUCCGCUUCUUCGACGCCGCCUGCGACGGCGGUGGCGGCUCGUCGUCUUCCUCAAUCAUCCCCUCUUCCACCUCUGUCGCGCGCCGCUGCUUCCUUGGAGGCGGAGGCGGUGACGCCUCGUCGACGAGGCGGUCCUCCUUGUCCCGUUUCUUACUCCUCUCGGGGUCUCGAUCUCGGUCCCGAUCCCGCUCCCGCUGUUGCUCCAGGCGUCGUUUCUUGGGUGGCGACUGGUCUUCGUCGAUGAGGCCCUCCUCUCUGUCCCUGUCUCUUCCUCGGUCUCUGUUAUCCCGGUCUUUGUCCCUUGCCCUCUCUCUAUCGCGGUCGCGGUCCCUGUCUCUGUCUCUGUCUCUGUCCCGGACCCGGUCACGAUGAUCCCGGUCUCUAUCGCGCUCUUUAUCGCGUCCGCGCUCGCGGUCACGUUCCCUAUCCUUCUCGCGCGGCUCCUCUCGGCGCUUCUUCGGGGGCGACUCGUGUUCGUCAAUCACACCCUCCUCCCGAUCCCGGUCUCUGUCUCGGUCGCGGGCAACAAGCUUGCGCUUGAGACCUGCCCUAUCCCCGUCCCGUUCCCUGUCUCUGUCUCUUUCCCUUUCGUGUUCGCGGUCCGAGUACGCGUCGUCUGCAGGACGCUGCUGCUUGGCUGCCUUCCCGAGCUUCGACGGCGCGCUCGCCGACGCAUGCAUCCCCUGCGAAGAGCUCCCGGGCUUCUUCUCACCAGCACCCCCGCUAUAUGACGACGAUGCUGUCACCGACGACGCCGGCGGAGGUGGUUUCGGCGGCAGCGAGGCGUAGCCUGCCGGCUUUCCCUGGCCUUGGCCUUGCGGAUCAGCUCUGCGGUGCGCCGGAGACGAUGACGACGACGGCGGAAGCUCUCCGGGCGACGCUCUCGGUGAGCCCUUCGCAUUCACGGCCUUGAACCCCGACCCGGGCAGCCUUCGCUUCGCACCACCCGUGCUGCCCGCCGCGGACCCGCCGGCGCUCGACGCUGGGCUCGCAGCACGCGCGUUGGCAUUGGCAUUGGCAGUGGCAGUUGCAGCUGCAGGCGCAGCAGCGCGUUCGGGGACACCUUCCUCGCGCUUGAUCGACGACACGCGCGCGGGCGCCGCUGACGCCGCCGCGGCAGCACGGGAGGAGGAAGAGUGGGAGCUCUCGUCUUUCAUCUGUAUGUCCCCGGCGUCCGCGGCCCGCGCGGCGCGGGCUUUCGCCGCUUUUUCCUUCACUUCCUUGGACAUCAGCGGGCGCUUGGGCUCUGCCGAGGUGGAAGCGAGGCCACCUUUGGUGCUCGAGGUUGAUGUGGACGCGGCUAUGCCCGGUGCCGCUGGGGUGUUAGCCGAUGCGGAGGAGGACGAAGAGGAGGCGGGGAGAACGGGGCCGGUGUUGCGGAAGCGCAUGUGGUCCCAGACGGGGUCGUCUUCGGGGAUCUUGAGGUCGUGUAGAGCGCGCCGGGCGUGGCGUGCCAUCGUCGUGCGCUCGCCCUCUGUUAGCUUUGGCCAGUCGUAUGGGCGGACGUCGGCCCAGGAGGCGGUCUUGAGCUGCCAUGGCGCGUUGGCUUUGUUCUCGCCUUUCUUGGCGGGUACUUGUUCGCCCACCUAUAGUACAUUAUUCAUUAGUAUGAUGUUUUAGCAUGGGUAUAUGCGUCGUUGGUAAAGUUAGGGCCAAAGGCCGAUUUAAAU